AUGUCAGAUUUAUGUCCAGUUUAUGCACCAUUUUUUGGUUCAAUUGGUUGUGCAGCAGCUAUAGUUUUUACCUGUUUUGGUGCUUCAUAUGGUACUGCUAAGUCAGGGGUCGGUAUUUGUGCCACCUGUGUGACGAGACCAGAUUUGUUAGUCAAAAAUGUUGUGCCGGUUGUUAUGGCGGGUAUUAUUGCAAUUUAUGGUUUAGUUGUUUCAGUUUUAGUUAGUGACUCAUUGGCACAAAAACAAGCUUUAUACACUGGAUUCAUUCAAUUGGGUGCCGGAUUAUCUGUUGGUUUAUCCGGUUUGGCAGCAGGUUUUGCCAUCGGUAUAGUUGGUGAUGCUGGUGUAAGAGGUACUGCUCAGCAACCAAGAUUGUUCGUUGGUAUGAUUUUAAUUUUGAUUUUUGCUGAAGUUUUAGGUUUAUAUGGUUUAAUUGUUGCCUUGUUAUUGAAUUCAAGAGCUUCACAAGAUGUUACUUGUUAA